AUGGCAGCCCCUUUGUACCCCCUCACUAAAUCGGGGGUGCUCUUCCAGUGGGGACCAGAGCAGCAAAAAGCAUUUGAAAACAUCAAACAGGCCUUAUUGUCCUCCCCUGCCUUGGGUCUCCCUGAUAUUACCAAACCUUUUGAACUGUUCAUCGAUGAGAAACAGGGGUAUGCUAAAGGGGUCCUAACACAAAGGUUGGGACCCUGGAAACGCCCUGUAGCCUACCUGUCUAAGAAAUUGGACCCUGUGGCCUCCGGCUGGCCACCGUGCCUAAGGAUGGUGGCUGCUAUUGCUGUCCUGAUCAAGGAUGCUGGAAAAUUGACUUUGGGACAGCCACUCACCAUCCUAGCACCCCACGCAGUGGAGGCCUUGGUAAAGCAGCCCCCAGACCGCUGGCUCUCUAAUUCCCGCAUGACCCACUACCAAGCCUUGUUACUGGAUGCAGAACGGGUUCAGUUUGGGCCCGUAGUCGCCCUCAAUCCUGCCACCUUGCUUCCUCUACCAGAGGAGGCAGAACAACAUGACUGCCUACAAAUCCUCGCAGAAGUACAUGGAACCAGGCCGGACCUAUCGGACCAGCCUCUUCAGAAUGCUGACCACACAUGGUACACGGAUGGCAGCAGCUUCUUGGCAGAGGGAGAGCGAAAGGCUGGAGCUGCGGUCACUACGGAGGACAAAGUAAUUUGGGCAAAAGCCCUGCCUGCUGGUACCUCCGCACAACGGGCUGAACUCAUCGCCUUGACUCAGGCGCUCAAGAUGGCAAAAGGACACCAGAAGGGGCACAACCCAGAGGCACGAGGAAACCGGCUGGCCGAUGCCACGGCGCGAGAAGUGGCCAUGAGCAAACAAAUCUUACCCUUAAAUAGCCCAGACCAACCCACGCCCCCACCAGUGGGACAAACCAGUUGGGUUUAUGCCCAUGAGGACAUAGAGCUCCUAGAAAAAAUGGGGGCCAUCUACCACCCUCAACUAAAACAGUGGGUCUACAAAGGAAAGACAGUUAUGCCAAUAAAAAUGACUUUUGAAUUGAUCUCUUUUUUACACAAAUUAACGCAUUUGGGGUUUAAGAAGAUGAAAACCUUACUAGAUCGGGAAGAGAUAAAUCUGUGGUUUUUGAAUCGGGACAAAGCGAUACAAAAGGUGACUGAGAGUUGCAAAGCGUGCGCUCAGGUUAACCCGGGAAGGACCAUGAUUGGACAAGGAGUUCGUCCUAGGGGACACCGUCCCGGCAUCCAUUGGGAAAUUGAUUUUACUGAAAUUAAACCAGGUAUGUAUGGAUACAAGUAUCUCCUAGUGUUUGUAGACACCUUCUCAGGAUGGGUCGAAGCCUUCCCCACAAAGCACGAGACUGCAAAAAUGGUCACCAAGAAGCUCCUCGAGGAAAUCUUUCCCAGGUAUGGCAUGCCUCAAGCGUUGGGGUCGGACAACGGGCCCGCUUUCGUCUCCCACGUAAGUCAGUUGGUGGCCAAAUUGCUGGGGAUUGAUUGGAAAUUACAUUGUGCCUAUAGACCCCAGAGUUCAGGUCAGGUAGAACGCAUGAAUAGAACAAUUAAGGAGACUUUAUCCAAACUUACGCUUGCAACUGGCUCAAAGGAUUGGGUGACCCUCCUUCCCCUAGUUCUCUAUCGGGCCCGGAAUACCCCGGGCCCCCAUGGUCUAACUCCUUUUGAAAUAAUGUAUGGAGCACCACCCCCAUUUGUCCAUUUCUUUGAUUCAAACAUUGCUGAUUUCACUGACAGCCCUUCUCUGAGGGCCCAUUUACAGGCCCUACAGAUUGUGCAGAAAGACGUCUGGAGACCUUUGGCCGCUGCUUACCAGGACGAGCUUGAGCAUCCGGUGGUGCCACACCCGUUCCAGAUUGGAGACACCGUGUGGGUGCGCAGACACCAGACCAAGAAUCUCGAGCCACGGUGGAAAGGACCCUACACCGUCCUCCUGACUACCCCGACCGCCCUAAAGGUAGACGGAGUCGCGGCUUGGAUCCACGCAUCACACGUCAAGGCAGUCCGGUCUGAGGAAUUGACUAAUCACAACACUACACCCCAGACAUGGAGAGUUCAGCGCACUCCAAAUCCCUUAAAGUUAAAACUCCUACGUGGCUCCUCCUAGUCCUUUUGUGGCCUAGAGUCAGUGGGGGAAUAAGCCCCCACCAAUUUAUAACAUUACCUGGAUAGUCACUAAUCUCAUGACAGGAAGGCUGGCUAAUGCUACCUCCGUAAGGGGGACACUGGCCGAUGCCUUCCCUCCCUUAUACUUUGACCUUUGUGAUGUGAUAGACUACAAGUGGGAGCCUGGCACUACCCAUAAUUGGCAUCCCUCAACCACCUACUAUGGUUGCGGUCCGGCUUCCCACAGCAAAGAGAUCUACGUUUGCCCUGGACACAGAGUGAGCCGGCAGUGCGGAGGGCCGGGGAGUGGGUACUGUGCCCAGUGGGGAUGUGAGACUACUGGGGAUGCGUAUUGGAAGCCAUCCUCAUCUUGGGACCUGAUAACUCUGAAACGAGACGGUCGGCCUCCUUACACCUUGUGUAAACGGGACGCGAAAUGCAAUCCCCUCGUCCUCCACUUCACCGACUCAGGUAGAAGAGCGACCUGGGACGGGCCCAAAUCUUGGGGCCUGCGCUUAUACGUCACAGGGACCGAUCCGGUGGGUCUGUUCUCUCUAAAUAGACAAGUCUCUCCCCUGGCCACUCGACCCAUUGGACCCAACCCAGUUCUACCAGAUCAGAAGCCUCCCUCGCUCCCGGCACAAGCCCAACCCCCGUCAUUGCCUAAGGUCACCCAGGCCCCUGGUAGUACUCCCACAAGCCCCUUCUCCACAACGGGGGGCUCCACCAUUUUGAUCUCCCCAUCGCCAGGCACCGGGGAUCGAUUAUUCAAUUUGGUGGCUGGUGCAUAUCUGGCUCUCAACUAUUCAGACCCUUUUAGGACUCAGGAGUGCUGGUUGUGUCUCGUUUCCGGUCCGCCCUAUUAUGAAGGGGUAGCAGUCAUUGGAAAUUACACCAACCUGACUGCUGCCCCAGACAGUUGUGCCAAUACCCCCAGCCACAGACUAACUCUGCCCGAGGUCUCGGGACGAGGGCUCUGCUUGGGGAAUGUACCCCCCACACACCAGACCCUCUGCAACACCACUCAGAAGAUUCCCAUCGGGAACUACUUCCUGGCAGCCCCAAAAGGCACAUACUGGGCCUGCAAUACCGGACUAACACCCUGUAUCUCAGCCACAGUCCUCAACCAAUCCUCUGACUAUUGUGUAUUAGUAGAAAUUUGGCCCAAAGUCACCUACCAUGAAUCCGAGUAUAUAUACUCGUUUUUUGAGAAACAGACUCGUUUUCGACGAGAGCCUGCCACCCUGACUUUAGCUUUACUCCUAGGAGGAAUCACCUUGGGGGGAGUGGCCGCGGGUAUAGGGACCGGGACCACUGCACUCAUUGAAACUGGCCAUUUCCGUCAGUUACAAGCAGCCAUGAAUGCAGAUCUUAAAGCUAUAGAAGAGUCUGUGAGUGCAUUAGAAAAGUCCUUAACAUCGUUGUCUGAAGUGGUCCUCCAAAAUAGACGAGGGCUAGAUAUGUUGUUCCUCCGCGAGGGUGGAUUAUGUGCUGCUCUAAAAGAAGAGUGCUGUUUCUAUGCAGACCAUACUGGAAUAGUAAGAGAUAAUAUGGCUAAGCUUCGAGAACGCCUGGCCCAAAGACAAAAACUGUUUGAUUCCCAACAGGGAUGGUUCGAGGGGUGGUUUAACCGAUCCCCUUGGUUUGCUACCCUCCUGUCUACCCUGAUGGGACCCCUACUUAUUCUUCUCCUAAUUCUUCUUUUUGGACCCUGCAUCCUUAAUAGGCUGGUACAGUUCAUGAGGGAUAGACUUUCAGUCAUUCAGACCCUCGUACUGACGCAGCAGUACCAUAGGCUGAGACAACAAGAGACAGAAAUUUCUUGACCAAGUUGAGUGAAAGAUUUCACUCAAAGUUAGCAAAAAAAUGGGGGAAUGAAAGACCCCAGCUUAGCAGCAGUAACGCCAUUUUGCAAGGCUGUACUUAAGAUGACUGGUUCAGGGAAAGGUUAGAACACUGAGUAUACAGCGGCUGCCAAGCAGGAGAUGUUUGGUUGAAGGCCUGGCAACAGGAUGACUGGGGUUGAGCACCUGACAAUAAGAAAAAGCCCCGGGAGAGGUCCCACACCCUGGUGGGGGGCCGAGUCAGUUGUUAUGUUUCAAGAAGGUAGCUUGGAAACUUGCCCCCAGGCUAAACUCUUGGGGGGCCGAGUCAGUUGUUAUGUUUCAAGAAGGUAGCUUGGAAACUUGCCCCCAGGCUAAACUCUUGGGGGGCCGAGUCAGUUGUUAUGUUUCAAGAAGGUAGCUAGGAAACUUGCCCCCGGGCUAAACUCUUGGGGGGCCGAGUCAGCCGUUAUGUUUCAGGAAGGUAGCUAGGAAACUUGCCCCCGGGCUGAACCCUUUGGGGGCCGAGUCAGCCGUUAUGUUUCAGGAAGGUAGCUAGGAAACAUUAGAAUCCACCAAUGAUAUCCCUGUAACCAUGCAUCUGCUUCUGUAUGCUUGCUUCUGCUCCCCAAAAUCCUAUAAAAAAGCCCAUCCUUGGUUCCGUGGGCGCGCCAGUCCCCCGAGCGACUGAAGCGCCCACAGGUACCUGUGUAUCCCGACAAUAAAUCAAAUCCUCUUGCUGAUUGCA